UAAACGUUCAUCAGCUGCGAUUCAAGUUUUGAGAUUGGUAAUCUCAUAAAAUACAUUCAUUUGGGGACCUUGAGGGCUACCAGAUACAGCGAAGGACGUGUCACUGCUAGAACAUGGAACAAAGAACGAGUUGGUCACCACUUUUUAGACUCAUAGUUACUCUAUGUGCCGUGCCAGGGUUAACGGCAGCUGACUACGUGAGCCCAGAGUUACUUAUUCGGGGAACCAAUGGGGCAGACGGGCAGCAAGCGUUCGCAGAAAAACGCAUGGACAGAAACAUGCUUUUGAUGGGACUUGGGAAACGAAACGGUCUCGACAAGCAUGUGCUCUUCCAGGGGCUUGGGAAAAGAAACGGUUUGUAUGUAACAGACUUCGGACCAAAUCCUUACACAUUUUCGAAAAGACGUAUGAGUAGGGGCAUGUUGCUGGCUGGGAUUGGUAAAAGAAUGGACCGAAACAUGCUCUUUACUGGGAUUGGGAAACGGCCCAUGGACCGUGCCAUGCUAAUUCAGGGACUUGGCAAGCGCGCUGAUCAUGACUUUCUGUUGUCGAAUCUAGAUGAUGGCGUUGCCGCCGGGAUAGAACGCCGUCAGGACCCGAAGAUGAUUCUCAUGGGUAUAGGCAAAAGAAGCGCUCUCCUCAACAGCCACCCCUACGCUUUGAUGCCCGAAGAAGACGAAUUCGAUUUGAAUCCAAACUUUUCAGAAGACGAUAUCCAAGAUUAUGACCUACAAGAACGGGAUUUGGACAACGCACUGAGGUUCGGCGGACUGGGGAAGAAACGCCGUCGUCGCAGCACUGCCGUCGUCCCAUCGUUAGAAAAAGAUGUCUCAAAACGCGCGGCAGAUGAUUCGGUGUUAUCUGAAGACCAAGUAGUCGACGGUUCAAAACAGAAGAUCACCGCCAAAAAGAGAGGCAUAGACCGGGCAAUGCUGUUCUCCGGAAUGGGUAAACGGGAUUUCAACAAACGCGGUAUGGACAGAAGCAUGCUUUUCUCUGGGGUCGGGAAACGCGGUUUUGACCGAAACAUGCUUUUCACGGGAAUGGGCAAAAGGUCUGACCCUAAGAGAGUGAUGGACUCCCAAAUGCUUCUGGCUGGUCUUGGAAAACGACCCCACGACGAAGACGAAGACGAAGACGUAGACCAUACUGCAAUAUUUAACGAGCUCGCCGACGCCAUGGACCGCGCCGAGAGCCAGAAAAAUGCCUCGGAUGAUGGCAAUAUAAAUACUGUUGACACAGCUGAAGACGAUCGACUUAAAAUACCCUAUAAUUAUAUAUAUGACGAUGACGAUAACAUGAAUGAAAAACGGUACAGCACAAAAAUGUUGCUGACCGGACUCGGCAGACGACAGGAUGACGCCGCCCAGGGCGAGUUUGAUAAGAGAGGAAUCGACCGCUCCAUGUUGUUUUCGGGCGUCGGUAAGCGUCGGUUGUCCAAAAUGCUUCUGACAGGGUUGGGAAAAAGGCGUCUCGAUUCCAGUAUGCUGUUCUCCGGAUUAGGCAAAAGAGGCUAUUCCAAGCUAUUGCUCACAGGACUGGGGAAGAGGCGGUUAGAUUCUAGCAUGUUAUUUUCUGGCCUUGGAAAACGUCGUAUGGAUUCUUCGAUGCUGUUUUCUGGAUUAGGGAAAAGGCGCCUUUCAAACCAAAUGUUGUUCUCUGGCCUUGGGAGACGCGAAACGAAACAGAACGUGGAUAAUUCAAAACGCCUAAAUGAUGACCAAUCAGCUAUUACGUCUGGAAGUGAAAAGCGGACCGUGUCAUAGUUCAGAUGUUUAAGGAAUGAAAGAGACGGUUUCUUAUUUACCUGAGAGUAUGAACACAGCCCAUUGAGGAAAAAAACUGAUAUAGUGUCUUGGUUAUGACCUUCGAAUUUCAGUCGACUUUUGUCAGAUACUGGUAUAUACCAAAAUUGAUAUAGAAGCACUCACAUUUAGUUUGUAUGUUAACACAAUAACGAAAGUGAAAUGUGUCGGAGAAUCAGGGGAAACGUAACUAGCCAUGAUUGCUUUAUCCAUGAUUUCCUCAUUUUUAAGCGAUACAAAGCAAUUUAUGAAAACGAAAUAGGUAAAAUUAAUAUCGGUCCAAGCGGUAUAGCUUUUAUGGCUUAUUUAUAUUUGUUUAUUCAUUGAUUUAACAACUUUUGUCAUCAGUAUUCGAUACAUUUAAAGUUAUUCAUCACAAUUGUUAGUAAUGUUUGUAAACAUGUACCUCCGAUAUUUUUGUUUUCACGACUGAUAAUAACUUUUACUGUUUUUUGAAGUAAUAUUUUAAAAUUUGCGUCUCUUUUAAUUUAUUUGCAAGGAAUAUAUAUUGGAAAUAAUUGUAACUGUAUAGAAAAGCGAAAGAAGUUAAAGCAAAUGUUUUGUUUCAAUUUUGUCACGUUUAUUUAAUAUUCAAGUGCACAGAUUUAAAGAAUCCGGGCAAAUUUUCUUGAAAUUUACCAUUUUACCAUGUAAAUGAGUUGACAUUUCUUGUGUACCCAGCAAUCCUUUAAUUUGAAAUAGUUUUCUUUUAGUUCGUGUAUUAUUUGUACCUUAUUUUUAUCGUAGUCUGUGCCUUAUUCUAAAUACACUGUUAGUCUUAUCAACGCACAACGACUUUAUUUAAUGGAUUGAAAGAAGGGAAUAUUACUCAUUUCUUGGCAUUAUGGCGAAUUCCCUAGCGCUAAUUGACUCUUCUGUCUUGUUUAAACACAAAUGUACUUGAAUUAACAUACUUAAGACUAUUUUCACUUUCAAAUUGCGUCCUUACAUUUUAACAGCGGACAUAAUUUAAUAUUUGACAAUUGGUGCAUUGUUUAAAUUUUGAUACUUAAAACGAGUGUAAUAUCCCAUGAUUGCAAAAUGAUACUUUUAAA